ACUUUAAGACAUAAUCAAAAUAAACAAAAUUUAUAUUAUACAUAUUCUGAUUUUCAUUCAAAGAUGUCUCAAAUCAAUGUUUCGGAUGUAUUACCUUCAUUGUCCUUGAUUGUCAUUCUCGCGUGGUUUUCUAUUGGUUCCAUUAAGAACUAUUUUAAUGAAAAAAAUACCCGUGACGUUGAUAUCUUAAAUGUUAUCAAGCAACAAGUUACUGAAGAAAUAAUCUUAUAUGAUUCUAAACUGCAUGCCGAUUUUAACGCUCGCCUCACUUCAGAACUUAAUACACGUGAUACUAUCUUAAAUGCGGAGGCGCAGAGAAUCUUGUCGUCAAUUAUUUCUUUAACCACAAGACUUGAUAACAUUGAACAAGUUCUUGAAUGCUAUAAUAAUCAUUUUAGUAGAAUUUCAACCGAAUUCGAUUCAAUUAAUGAAUCUAUUGCAACAUUCCAUAAUCUACUCAAUCAACGUUAUGCAAUCAUCCAAAGAAUCGAACAAGAUCAGCAAAGUGAAACGAACCUAUCUGAAGCUUCUUUUAAUUCACCCACUUCCUCUGCUAGUUCUACCGAUUCUCUUAAUUCCUCUGCUAAUUCUUCUGGCUCAAGUCAGCAAUCAUUUUCAAGAAUUUCAUUAACUGUCUGGACAUGUUUUAAACAAAUCUUCGAUACGAAUAUGGCCCUGAAGGGUUAUAAUCUUGAUGAAAUGUAUUGUUCCGUAUCUAUGCACAUUCAUGAACUUGGAGGAAGUAUUAAGCCGAUAACAGUAAAAAAUUUUUAUAAUAGAAGUAGUGGUUGUAGAUCGAAUACCGUAGACCAGAUUGGUUUAUGGAUAGAUAAUAUGGAGUAG